AGCAAUUUCAGCCCCAUACACUGGGGCGGGUUCGGACCCGUUUCAUUAUUGAGACGGGUCGGGGUAGCGAAUAAUCUGCUGCUACACACACAAAAAGCGCCCAGUGCCAGCCCCCUCUCAAACAUUUUCGUGCACCUAUACGCGCCGUAGCUUCCGCCGUCCUCCGCCACUACCCGCCGCCGUCCUCUAUCAUCCUACACCGUGCUCUAUCCAACCUCAAACUUAACCAGUCAAGGAGGAAAAAGGAUAUUGCAAUAAGAUGGCUACUAUGGGUGGAAUGAACGAUUUGUCAUCAGAAAUGGAGGUCGAUGCUUUUAGACGUCUUUUUCCUUUACGUUUUCACGAGCGUCACCUUCUCGAGUCGAUUAGGCCCGAUGGCCGGCCACUUGGUAGAGCUAGAGACACGACACUUGUGCUUGGAGCUGUUGCAUCUGCUAAUGGAUCAGCACUAGCAAAGAUAGGUUGCACCACCAUGUUGGCUGCCAUUAAAAUGGAAGUCAUGACUCCAACUGUUGAGGCACCUGAUGAGGGCUCUGUAGCCAUUGAUUUCCACAUGCCCCCUAUUUGUUCUCCACUUGUUCGCCCCGGAAGACCAGCAGAGAUAGCUCCAGUUUCUGGCAUGCUUAAUCUAAAAGAACUAUGUUUAGUGGCUGGCAAAGCUGCCUGGAUGGCAUACUUGCACAUAUACUGUUUGGAUGCUGAUGGUGCCCUUUUCGAUGCAGCUUUGCUUUCUGCAGUGGCAGCCUUCUCACAUUUGCAAAUCCCGAUAGUCUCUCUCAAUGAUGACGGGCGGAUUGUUCUUGUACCCGAGGACGGCAAAGGAGGAGCCAAGAAGCAAAGAGAACCAGUCAAUAAAGACAAGAGAAAGCUCAAGUUGAAUGUUGUACCAUUUGCAUUAACAUGCGUACUUCACAAGGACUACAUUCUGGCGGACCCCACCUCUGAAGAAGAGUCGAUCAUGGAGACAUAUCUGACGGUGGUAAUCGACUCAUCUUUUCAGCUCGUGUCGUUUAAUAAACCUGGUGGACCAGGUCUGGCACAUACAUCGGCUAUCCAGGACUGCAUAUCAUUGACGAGACAACGAGUGAAAGAACUUGAGAAGAUCUUGAAUGAAGCAAUCUCUGAUAUGGAAGUCGACUGAGAACGUUUAUAUCAAGAACCGAUAUUCGUCUUUAGAGCUUUUAAUCGAUUAUUUGUUUUACUUGUGGUAGGACGAAAAUGAAAUGUUAGAUACAAGUGGAAUUCAUAGAACUAGCAUUGUUUGACAAGCUGGUUUUGCCAAGAUUUUGUGGAUUUUUCAGCUCAUAUAUUUGCUGGAAAAUGUUGGCUAGUUGUGUCAGUUUAAGGAUAACAUUGUGAGAGAUUUAUUUUGUCUUACAGUAAGAACAUAAAGUUUGACACACACUUGACACUAUAUCAUUAUUUUCCUUCCACACCACAUCAGGUUUAAAAUAAACAAUUGUUGUAUUCACAAG